UCUUUCCCUCUAAGGUUCUAAGGUUCAAUACUCUUGAUUCUUAUCACUGUCACUGAAAUUCUUUCUUAGAUUUUUCGUGAAAUUUUUAAUUUUAAUUCCAAAGAAAUAUAAUGGGUAAGGGUCCUGGUCUCUACACUGAUAUCGGCAAGAAAGCUAGAGAUCUUCUUUACAAGGAUUAUCAGACUGACCAAAAGUUCACUCUGGCCACCACAUCACCAACUGGAGUUGCUAUUACCUCUGCUGGAACAAAGAAAGGUGAUCUCUUUCUGGCUGAUGUUAAUACUAAGCUGAAAAAUAGAAAUGUUACAACUGAUAUCAAAGUGGACACGGACUCCAAUCUCUUUACCACCAUAACGGUUGACGAACCUGCACCUGGGCUGAAGACUAUCUUUGACUUCAGAGUCCCUGAUCAGAGGUCUGGCAAGGUUGAGCUCCAGUAUUUGCAUGACUAUGCUGGGAUAAGCUCAAGCAUUGGAUUGACUGCAAACCCAAUAGUUAACUUCUCAAGUGUGAUUGGAACUAAUGUUUUUGCUGUUGGUACUGAUCUCUCGUUUGACAUGAAGACUGGGAAUUUCACCAAAUGCAAUGCUGGAUUGAACUUCUCCAACACAGAUCUUAUUGCUUCAUUGGCUCUGAAUGACAAGGGUGAUUCUCUUAAUGCAUCCUACUAUCAUAUAGUGAAUCCCUUGACUAACACUGCUGUUGGUGCUGAGGUGACCCAUAGCUUCUCUACCAAUGAGAACACCAUCACUGUUGGCACACAGCAUGCAUUGGAUCCAUUGACUGUGAUUAAGGCACGGAUGAACAAUGCUGGCAAGGCUAGUGCUCUCAUCCAGCACGAGUGGCGCCCAAGAUCCCUCUUUACCGUUUCUGGAGAGGUAGAAACCAAGUCCAUCGAGAAGAGGCCCAAGGUUGGAGUGUCACUGGUACUCAAGCCUUGAGCUUUGUAGCUCAUUUUGGAAGAGUAUGGUAGGCUUAGAAUUUUGAAGUGUAGUCUGUUCAUAACGACAUUCAUGGUGUUGCUAUAAUAAAAAGAAAAAAAAAAUUAGAGGUGGCAUUGUGGUUUAAACUAUAUGGUUACCACCCUCACAAGAUAUUCUGUAUGUAGUUUUUGACACUGGCACAACUGGAUUUCCCAAACUUAAACCUGUUUUUAAGUAAAUUCAAUGCAAUAUUUCUUUAUAUUGUUUUCAUGAAA